AUGGCUGUACCCUUCACCUCCCGCUCGACCCGCUACAUCCCCUACCUCCUCUCCUUCGCCGCCGUAUCCGUAGCAGCAGGAACAUACUACACCCGCCAACCACGCAUAUCCCUCGACUCCGCUCGAAACGCGCCGAAACCCGCCCUCUCCUUCCCUGGGAGCAUGCUCUUUCCCAAAACGCUCACCGUAACCAAAACCGAACAAAUAAACCACGACACCAAGAAAAUCACCUUUCGCCUCCCCGACGGAGAAGUCUCAGUAAGCGGUGUCCCCGCGGGUUCCGCGAUCCUGACGUCCCACCAACCGGCCGAUGGAUGGCUGCCUGUUUUCCGGCCCUACACGCCCGUCUCAGAUCCAGAGGAAAGGGGAACGCUGCAGUUGCUUGUGAAGCAAUAUCCCAAUGGCUGCGCCUCCACGCACCUGCACAGCUUGACUCCAGGUUCUACCCUGACGGUGCGGGGCCCAAUACCAGCUUACUCGUAUUCCUCGAGCUCGACGCCCAGGGACCUGGUGAUGAUAGCUGGCGUGAACGGGACAAGCGACAUUGUGCUCAAGGACGAAUUAGAAGGUCUGGAGAAGCAAUUCCCGGAGGGGGUGCAAGUGACAUAUUGCGUUUCUGGUCCUGAGAGCAAGGCUGAGGCGGCAGAUCUGAGUGGGAGGGGGAGGUACAGGAAGGGAUAUAUCAAUAGUGAGGUUGUGAAGGAGGCCGUUGAGAGAGUGAAGCAGGGCGGUGGCUGGGGUGAUAGUAAGGGCACCAAGGUUUUCAUUUGCGGGCCGCCAGCUAUGCAGGAGGCGAUUGCUGGGAAGAAGGGGAUACUGGGUGGGGAGUAUGGGCUGGUUAAGAAGGAGAUACAUAUGUUUUGA